CAUAUAAAUAAAGGCAUCUAGGGCCGCAACCGCAAGUGUGGCAAAUUGGGGGUGUUAGAGUGUUAGGUAUCAAUUGAAUUGAAGAGAGGAAGCGAUGCCGGAAAAAAUGGUGGUGGAAAAGAGAGGGGAAUUGAAGAAUAAGAUGAUAGUAGGGGGCGUGGUGAUUGAACCCAGGAACCCUUUACUUAUAGCACCUCGUGAUUGUUGUGAAAUUGUUUACUAUGUUUUGGAUCUGAACACUGCGGAAGUCUCAUCACUUCCUCGUAUCGUGGUUGGUAAUGGUUGUGAGCCUCCCGUGGGUGUUGUGGGAUCUACACUUUAUGUUUUUGGGGGCGGCAAAUCGUUCUCCUCCGGUGACGGUGAUGAUUCCGCAAAAUCAAAACCCAAGAAAGGUAAGAGGAAACAGAAAGGCUUAUUCUCAUGUCAUAUGCUAGAUCUUACCAAACCUAAAGAUGGUUGGAGACUAGCCACCGCUGGGCUCGAUCAGUCACCAGCCGUAAGGGCCAAUCAGGCGUGGCCAGAAGGUAUCGUCGAAUUUGGUGGGAAGAUAUAUGUUUUUGACAACUCCGAAUCUGGUUUUAUUGGCGAGGUUUUCGAUCCUCAACAUAAUAAUUGGCGUCGCUUAAAGUCGCCUCCGUUCCCACCGCCACCGUGUGGUGAUGGGGAUCAGUUGUUUGAUUACCGCACACUAAUUCUUCCGGUUAUGGCGGAUCACAAAAGAAACAGAAUCAUAGUGUACUUCCAGUAUAUCUCAACGAUGUAUGCCUAUUAUCCAUGUGAGGAUCAAUGGCGGUGUCUGGUUGAGGACCUUAAAGGUGGAUGGCAAAGGUGGGGAGAGGCCGUGACUAUCGCAGACGAUGGGGUUAUCUAUAUUCAUAAUCCUAGAAUGAAGGCAUUCUUUAGGGCUUAUGAUACAGUCUCUAAAGAAUGGUUGAACGUAAGACUGUCCCCUGAGGCUGAGGCUAAAGCCGACUAUCGAUCUUAUCUUAUUUAUACCAGAUAUGAUACCUUAUUACAUCGGGGCAAUGGCGUGCUGUGCUUGAUCUUUUCCGCUAUUCCUUGGGACGAGAACCCCGCCUUUGAUCAUAUUGUCCAAUUCAAAGUCCAACUCGUCAACUUGAAUGCCAACUCUAAGGAGAUUCUUGUCACUCCGCUUUCUUCCCAACAUUAUAAUCUCCCCUCUCGCUGCAGUACUUUUCUCUACCUCCCUGUCUAGAUAGGUUUGUUGCAACUUGAGGGCCAAUGAACGAGCUUCAUGUCUAAGUUGGAAUUGUGAAGAGCUGCGUUGAUGUUGAAAGUCAUAUGUGUUUAUUUUAGCUGCAAUAGCGAUCGUAGCAGCAAUUGCAAUCAUGAUUUUAUUAAGGCAUGUUAUUAGUACUUAAUGUAUUCACCUUGGAUCCGACAAUGUAGACUUUUAUUAAAUUGCUACUCUCGUGUUAUUAGUCUAUGUUGUAUAUUUGGAAUUGUAGUAGCCUGGCUGGUAUGCUUAAAAAUAAGUCUUAUUUCCUUGCUGGUA